UCACUCAUAUAUAAGACCCACCUUGCUCUAAAAAACUCAUAAAUAACACUCGGACUGCAAACAAUGAGUCCUAUUAACAGACCCGAGUGCCAGCAAUGGAUGACCAAGGCAUAUGACAAGUGUAAAGAUAUCCUUGGCAGUAAUUCACCGAAAGAUCUUUCGAUGGGGUGGUUUUGUCAUACCCCGGCGAUCUAUUUGGAUAUGGAUUUCGUUACUCCCGCAGACUGUCAUAACCUGAAGGAGGAACUGACCUGGGAAUGGAAAGUCCCGGAAGUUGAUGACCAGGUCAAAACGGCCCUAGCCUUCGUUGCCAUCUUUGCCAUCCUAAUCCUGUUUAUGUGUGGUAUGCAGCGGCUACUCAGAACAAAAACCGAUCGACAGCAAAUUGUAGAGCAGCAAGAAAAACUAAUAAGAAAAAGGAGAAAGAAGUUCAAUUUGAAGCGGUUGAUGCGCCGAAGUUGUCGCAUUUGUUGUGUGCAGACUGAAAACCAGGUACGAAAGCACGAGCUUAGGACAAGGAAACAGGUAGAUGUCCAUAAAGAACACAGCCAGCGGAAACUAGCUCAGUGGAAUACAGCACGGGAGCGGUACGUGCAGAGGAAAAAGGAAAAGCUAGAGCGAAGGAAAAAUCAUGAAAAUGAUUGAAUGUAGAAAAUUCGACAAA